AUGUCCGGCUACGACUACGACCCGCCCCGUCGGGAGCGCGGCGGUGGUGCGAGGCAGACAUACUACCGUGAGGACUAUGUCGAACCCCAGGAUCCCUACCUUAGGGUCUCGAACUCCCGUGAUCUUGUGCCCAGGGGCCGCGAAGAAAGCGUCGAGGAUAUCCCCAGGGACUUUCCGCCUCCAGGCUACCAGCGUGACGUCCGCAGGGCCCGCUCCGCCGGGAACUACGACUACGAUGACGACGAGCGCUCUGUCUACACGCGCAGGAGCCGGGACGAUCGCGAUUACUACGAAGAUGACUACUACCAGCAGCGUCGUCGGCCCAGGAAGGCCGAGAGCGUCUACAUCGAGGAGGAGGAGAGGAAGCGCAAGCGCAUGCUGAGCCAGCAGGAGAAGAUCAUCGCCGCUGUCGCUGGCGCCGCUGUCGCCCUCGGCGGCAAGGAGUUGUUCGACCGCCGUGAGGCCCAUGAGGAGGGUAGCGAUGUUCACCGCAACAUCCUCUCGUCGGCUGCCCUCGGCGCUGCUGGUGCAUUCGCUGCCUACAAGGGCGCCGAGGUCUACAAUAAGCGCGCCGACAAGACCGAGAAGAAGUCGACACACAUCGUCCACAAGGGUCGCGAUGGCAAGGUCACCGAGUACUACUCGGAUGACGAGGACGAGAAGCAGAAGAAGGGCCACAAGAACUUCCUCGAGAGCGCCCUCGCGGCUGCUGGCCUCGGUGGGGCGCUCAAGGCCCUCACUGGCAGCAGCGGCGGCGGUGACAAAGAGAAGGACAGACAUGGAGAUCGGGACCUCGAAGGCGGUCGCGACCGAGGUCGUGGCUCUGAUACCCGCAGCCACCGCGGAAGCCGCUCGCGGUCGCCUGGUAAGGGCGGCGCCGGCGGCAACAAGAUCCAAAAGGCCGCCAUGGCCUCCCUCAUUGCCGGUGCGACCGAGGCCUUCCGCGUCUCCAAGGAGCCUGGUAGCUGGAAGGGCGAGAAGGCCAAGCGCAUCCUCACCGCCGCCGCUGGUGCUGCCACUAUCGACGCGGCCCAGAAGCCCGUCUGUCAUCGGUGGUCUCAUUGGAACCGCAUGAUCAAUGGUUCCAAGAAGGAGAUCAUCGAGGACAAAGAUGGCCGGAGCCGUUCUCGCUCUCGCGCCAGGUCCGAGGGCGGCGGGAAGGGCGGCAUGGGCCUUGCUGCCCUGGCCACCGCCGGCCUGGGUGCCAUCGGCGCCAAGAAGGCUGUCGACAACAUCCGCGAGGAGCGAUCCCGCUCGCGCCGUCGCAGCGUGUCUCGCGACUCGUAUGACAGCAGGGACGACUCACCGCCCCGACGCCAGCGCAGCCGCAGCCGCAGUGUUGUGGACUCGGCGCGACGGAGCCUUGCCAAGAUCGGCAUCGGCAAGAAGGACGACGAGAGCGAGGUUGGGUCGCGCCGAGGAGGAGGGCGCUAUAGCGACGAUGAGUACUCCCGGGACGGGCCACGAGAUGCUCGGUACCGUGACGACUACGAUGACGACCGGCUGCACCGAACCGGGUCCCGAUCUCGAGGGGCCGCCUCGCGCAGCAGGGCGUCGUCUCGGUCGUCAGCGUCGAGCUCGGACCUGGGCGACUCGGAGGAGGACGAGAAGAGGGCCAAGAAGAUGCGAGGUAAGCAGAUCAUCACCUCGGGCCUGGCGGCCGUGGCCACCAUUCACGCGGCGCACAACGUGUAUCAGAGCAUGGAGAAGCGGAACGCGCGGCACAGGGCCGUGAAGGCGGGAAAGCUCUCAGAAGAGGAGGCCAAGAAGCUCAAGACCAAGGCGCUGCUGCAAGACGCAGCGUCGGUGGGCAUCGCCGCCAUGGGCAUCAAGGGCGCCAUUUCCGAGAUGAAGGAGGCGCGCGAGCUGUCCCAUGAGGUGGCCGAGUUCAGGGAGAAGAAGGAGGAGCGCCAUCAGCGGCGUAUGAAACGCCUCGAGCGCCAGCGCCAGAAGCAGCAGAACCACAGCGACUCUGGCUACUCCGACUACUCUGACGAUGAGGACGACCGAAGCAGCCAGUACAGAGGUUCAAGGACCCAGAGCCGAGGACCUCUGCGCAACGGCAGGUAUGACGACGGGCCUCGUUAUAGCGAUGGAAACCCGUACGCCUCCCUGCCUGCACCCCCUGUGGGAUACAGCGACAGGAGAUAG